AUGUUGACCUCCUUUCUACGAUGGCUUCUUCUUGGCACAAAACUUAGAAAUGUGAAAGGAAAGCGCUAUGAGGCAUCAACGAAGUCAGUUGAUCUUGUGUCACAACAGAUACUGCAGAACUUUAAAACGGACUGUCAGAUAACUUACCAACCCCAGCCGGAUACCGGAUUCCGAAGUCACAUUGAAACUCCUCUCUCUGUUGGAUUGGCAUUAACGAUUCACAAGAAAACAAGAAGUAAGGAUCUUGUAAAUGUUCUUUCACAGCUGCAAAUCGGAUCUAGCUACAGGAACGUCAUCAACAUAGAGAAGCGAAUUGCUUGCAGAGUGGCUGAGCGGAUGAAGACAACAGGUGGAUUUUGUUUGCCGUCUUUUCUUGUGAAAGGAAAGUCUAUUUACUUUGCUGCAGAUAAUAUCGACUUCUUAGAAAACACAGCUGAUCGUCAGAACACUCUUCAUGGUACGAUGCUAGUGAUCAAUCAAAACAAGGACAGCAACAAUGACGAAACUGCUAGAGUCGUAGUGGAUGAAUCUCUUCGUAUCCCCGAUGAAAUUGUCUCUGUGGAUGUUAGCACAGUCUACAGAAGCCCGACAUCCAUUGAAGCCAAGCCUAUAACAGUUGACAAGUUCGACUUUCACUCCAAUGAUCAUCUUGUGAGAAAAUACGAGGUGGACGACAGAGCGUGGCUGAUGGCAUCGUUUUCCCACAGAGAGAGAAGUGCGAUCGUAGAAAAUGCUACCCCUGAAGAACUGUCAGCAAGUACAUGUGAACAAUUUGAAGCUGCAGAUCAUUCCGAACGGCGUACAUCUCAAUCAUCCAAUAAACUGGAGAAAACAGACAUUAUGCCGACUUGGGCAGCUACUAACUCUUUAUUAAUGUCGGCACCACAAGUUCACUUAGAGAAUCGACAGAAAACACAGAGUUCAAUUGUUGCCCCUUUGUUAAGGAGACCUCCAACAGAUUUUACAGCUCUCUACACGGUGUUGUGUCAGGCUCAGGGUAUAUCAGCUUUUGUGGUAGGUCCUGAUCACAAAACUAUAAUUACUCUUGAUCUUGAUCUCUACGAGAGAGCAUUGAAACUGCAAUCUUCGACAGAAAACACUAACUGGGUUUUGAGAGUUGGUGAACUUCAUGCUUGUUUUGCUUCUCUUCAUGCCAUCGCAAAGUAUCUAGAAGGCAGCGGUCUUGAGUCUAUCAGCAUUGAAGCUG